GAUGCUUUGCUGGCCAAACGCAUGCCAUCUGAGGAUCUCUCUGUGCCUGGUCUGUGUUUCCACCACCCGCUGCCCAGGCCAGUCUGCAGAACACAGAGGACUCCAUGCUAACAAGGCCGUGAGGGGCGCAGUCCCUGACGGAGGCAAUAGCCCAGAGGACCCUGCUGCAGGACUGGCAGCACGGCUGUGGGACAGAGAAGCAGCUUGGUGGAUCGAGACUUCCUGUGUUAGAAUAAGGGUACCAUGGAACAAGAUAUCUCGGCACUCCCACCAACCACAGUGGCAAAUUCCAGCAAGACCCUAGAGACCAUGAAGACCCCGCACCUGGCCUCUGCUGUGUUGCUUUUCAUCACCUUCCUGGUGGGUGUGGUGGGGAACGGGCUGUACGUGUGGGUGCUGGGGCUGAAGAUGAGGAGGACAGUGACCACCCUCUGGUUCCUCCACCUGGUCUCCUGCUACCUCCUCUUCACCCUGCUGAUCCCCUUCUUCGCUGUUUACGUCCUCCUGGAUUUCCACUGGGUCUUUGGCCUGGCCAUGUGCAAGCUUCUCAAUGCCUUCAUUUCCAUGGGCAUGUUCUCCUCCGUCUUCCUUCUCACACUCAUCAGUCUGGACCGCUACACACUCACUCACCAUCCCAUUUGGUCCCGGAAUCACCGCACCAUGCCCCAGGCUAGGAAGCUGGUCAGGGGCGUAUGGGUGGCCUCCUUCGGUCUCAGCACUCCCUACCUGGCUUUCCGGGAGACCCGCGUGGUGGACGGGGGCAGGAUCGCAUGCAUCAAUAAUUUCAACAUCUCUGGAGACUGGAAUGGAACCAAGACAGAGGACCUGGGCAGAAUGGUCCACCUGGCCAUCUUCGUGUUCCGGUUCCUGCUGGGCUUCCUGCUGCCUUUGUGCACCAUCGUGGGAUGCUAUGUCCGCGUGGGGCUGAAGAUGAAGGAGAAGAAGCUGGCGUGGGCUGGGAAGCCCUUCAAAGUCAUGGUGGCCGCAGUGGUUUCAUUCUUCCUCGGCUGGCUCCCCUACCACCUGUACCACGGCUUGAAGCUCUACAAGAAGGAGGUGCCAGAGUUGGUGACAGGUGCUCUCUUGGUCAUUUACACCUUCACAUCCUGCUUCAAUGCCUCCUUCUCCCCGAUCCUCUACCUCUUUGUGGGGGAGAAGUUCUGGCAGGUCUUUAGUAUGUCUCUUCUCACUCUGAUUAAUGCGGCUUUUGUCGAUGAUCUCGGCAGCAGUGCCCCUGAGUCUUGUGGAAGACGGGGAUCAGAAGUCAAGAACAUAAAAGAAGACAUGGUCUGAAGGUGCCCAGAUUAGGGAGAGUUGAAAACUUGGCAUCCCAUUGUUCCUAAAUUCCUGCUGUUUCUUAAACCUGAUGUCCCUUGGUUCUAGAUUCCCUGCUAUCUCCAGAAUCCCAUACAUUCUAGGUCUCUCAAAUUUUUCAAAGUCAGUGGGUCAUCAAUGGCAUCAGAUUGCUAGCCAGCUCCAGAAUCUUGUUGGUUUUAGGUCUCUCAAUGUUUU